AUGGAUCUGCACUCAGGGGGACAGAAGAUAUUGGACAGGUACUAUACAACAAAAGAUGGGUACGGACCAGACAAAGAUAACAGGCCAGAAAAAGGUGUCAGAGUCUGCUGGAGGUAUGUUCCAGGGCUCCUCAGUGGAACCCGAAACAUUAAAAGUACAAAGAAUAUGUCAAAGCUAGCUUCAAGGCCCCAGAAUACUACUUCACAGCUUCCAGAUCCCCCGAGUAUAAUGAGGCCAAUUUCAGGACUCCUGGAUACUACUUCUCAGAUAGCCAAGUUCCUCAACACCAACCUUAAUGCUUUGCCUAAUCACACCCUGUAUUGGAUUUGUCUGCCCCUCCAAAGACGUGUAUACUUUGGAGUCCCUGUCCUCUCAGGUUGGAACAAUUCCAUCAGUUCCACCAUUAACCCCAGCAAAACACACCUAGUUGGACCAGUGGCAUAUAACGUCCAUCUGGCUAAGACAUCCAACAUCACUUGUCUCGUCAACCUAAAAGGAAAUAAACCUAUAGGGACUCUGCCAGUCAGUCUAUGCAGCAACAACCAAACUCUCAACUCCAGUAUACACUGUCCGAGAGAUGACAUGUUCUACAUUUGUGGUAGCACUGCUUACCUUUGCCUCCCAGUUAACUGGACUGGGGUCUGCACCCAGAUUUUCCUUACCCCAGACAUCACUAUAUACACCACUCCUCAAAUGGAGAAGGUUUUAAGUCCCCACCCAAGUGUCCGGGAAAAGCGAGCAGCUCCUUUACUUAUACCACUCCUCGUGGGAGGAGGCAUCAUAGCUGGGAGCAACCUCAAACUCUUGGGCUCAAGCGAUCCUCCUGCCUCAGCCUCCCAAGUAGCUGAGACUACAGAUGCCACUUGGAAUGAACAGGAAAAGGCUGAAGAACUUUUUACAGAAAAUUUUUGUCGAGUUUGUGGAGUAUUCCUACAGUUUGAAUCACAAAGGAUUUCACAUUAUGAGAGUGAAAAACAUGCUCAAAAUGUUAGUUUUUAUUUUCAUAUGCAUGGAGAACAAAAUGAAGUGCCUGGUAACAGAAUGAAGACGCAUGUUGGGAAUUUUGAGGUGCAUAGGAACGAAGUAGUGGACAGAAAUAAAUUUUGUGAUCUCUGCAACAUGAUUUUUAGCUCCCCAGUUGUUGCUCAGUCUCACUAUACGGGGAAAGUCCAUGCUAAAAAAGUGAAACAAUUAAUGGAAGAACGCGAUAAUGUAUCUCCUUCAGGAUUUCAGCCAGAGAUGGCAUUUAAUACAAGAACCUACGUUUGCCAUAUUUGUAGUAUCACUUUUACAUCUUUAGAUAUGUUCCGGUUCCACAUGCGAGGAAGUGAACAUCAAAUUCGAGAAUCCAUUGCUAUGAAUCUAGCGAAGAAUUCAAAGAAGACACAAGACUCUUACCAAGAUGAGUGUGCAGAUUACAUCAAAGUGCAGAAAUCCAGAGGACUAGAACCCAAAACUUGCUUCAGAAAGAUGGAAGAGAGUUCUUUGGAGACCCGUCGAUACCGAGAAGCAGUCGAUUCCAGAUCCAGAUAUAGAAUGUUUGAACAAAGACUACCAUUUGAGACUUUCCAGACAUACCCAGGACCAUACAAUAUUUCACACGCAGUGGAAAACCAGUUACCUCAUUGCUUACCAGCUUAUUCACAGAAGACAUAUGACUCUUUCCAAGACGAACUUGAAGAUUACAUCAAAGUGCAGAAAGCCAGAGGACUAGAUCCAAAGACUUGUUUCAGAAAGAUGAGAGAGAACCCUAUGGAAACUUGCGGGUACAGAGAAAUGGUUGAUUCUGGACCCAGACAAAGAAUGAGUGAGCAAAGAUUUUCAUUUGAGACUUCCCAGACCUACCAGCGACCAUACUAUAUUUCACCAGUAGAAAGCCAGUUACCUCAUGGGUUACCAGCUCAUUCAAAGAGGACAUAUGAUUCUUUCCAAGAUGAACUUGAAGAUUACAUCAAAGUGCAGAAAGCCAGAGGUCUAGAGCCAAGGACUUGUUUCAGAAACACAGGUGAUAGCUCUGUGGAAACACAUAGGUACAGAGAAAUGGUUGAUGUCAGACCCAAACAUAGAAUGUUAGAGCAAAGACUCCCAUUUGAGACUUUUCCUGCCUAUCCCGGACCAUACAGUAUUUCACAAGCAGCGGAGAACCAGUUACCUCAUUGCUUACCAGCUCAUGACAGCAAACAAAGACUAGACUCUACUAACUACUCUCCGCCCACCAGAGAUUAUUUCCCAGAAAAACCAGUACCCUUGAGCCUUAAUCAGCAAGAAAAUAACUCUGACCCAUACAGUGUAGAAUCUGAAGUUUACAAGCACCACUCCUCAGAAAAUAAGACCAGUGACCAUCAAGCAGGUCAUAAACGGAGACAUCAGAAGAGAAGGCGACACCUGGAAGAAGGUGAAGAAAGGCCUGAGAAGGAGCAAUCCAAGCAUAAAAGGAGAAAGAGUUAUGAGGAUACGGAGUUAGACAAAGAUAAGAGCAUCCGACAAAGGAAAAGAGAGAGGGAUAAAGUCAGGGUCAGUUCAGGAAAGCUUAAGCAUCGAAAAAAGAAGAAAAGCCAUGACAUGCGCUCUGAGAAAGAAGAACGUAAGCACAAAAAAGAGAAAAAGAAAUCUGUUGAAGAAAGAACAGAAGAGGAGAUACUUUGGGAUGAGUCUAUUCUUGGAUUUUGAACUUUUGUUUACCCAGGGAUUAAUUGAA